GAGGUUAAAAACUAAAUAAAAUGAUUGAGUCUGCCUUAGUUGCAAUACGUAGCUGGAUUGUACCGGACAGAUAAAUCGUAUUUAAUGAAUCGCCUAGCCGGAUCGAAAUCUGUGGUAUUGCGACGCAAAUUGUGAAUAAAAGAUACGAUUGAGAUGUCGAAAACAUCCCAUGGUGUUACUUCUCUUUGUAAAAGAUUUGAGGCUUAUGCAAAUUUAAAUGAACAAUCAGGAAGUAAAAACAUUUUACAGGAAGACGAGAAUCAUAUUAAGGAAGAGUCGAAUCGGAUGAAACAUUCAUCUGAACAUACGUUAUUGCAGGCAGAUGAACCAAAUAACGAACCAUCAAGUCAUGCAACUGGACAAGAAAAUGCCACUGUACAUGAUAUCAGGAAGACAGAUGCAGAAACUGAAGAAGAUUGUGUUGAGGGAGCACAUGGCUCUAGCAGCAUACAGUCAGACAGUUCAGAAUGCGAUCCGGCUAGUGAAGGUUGGACUUCAGUUGAAAAUAUAAAUAUUGAUAGGGGAAAUGGAAUGUACAGAACGAUGCUUUCUUCUCCGGACUCAGCAAUGGACGCUUAUUACACAACAGACACAUCGGCUGAAGAAUGUGCCUUGUGUAACGCAGAAAAUACAGAGUAUAUGGUAGAGGUAUAUAUGUCCAUACUUCAACGGAAUUUGGAUGUUGCAGAGAUACUGCCUCUCUUACAUUUUAUCAAUCAUAAUGAUGCACGGAUGUUGUCAAAAACAGAGCCACAAGAAGAUGCUGUGAAAAAGUUAUUAGAUAUCAUUACGAAUGAUACUGAAGACAGUGGAAAAUGGACAACAUUUCUGGUAGCCCUGGAGAAAGCCGGCUAUACCUAUUUACACCAACUGUUGACAGGAGAAACAGAAAAGGAUCACUUUUAUACAAAUUCUAUACUGUCAAUAAUGAAGCCUGCUCUCAUAAAUCAGAUUUAUCUUCGAGAUAUCAUAGAUCUUAUGAUUGAAAAAAGUCUCAUAAACGAAGAGGACCAAGAUCAAAUAGAAAGCGUGGAGAAAGUGCGGGGACCGAUAGCGGCCACUAGAGUUUUGUUAGAGAAGGUUGACAAGAGGUCACCAAAUUGGGAUACCGAGUUUGCGGAAAUACUUGAAAAGUCGGGAAUGUCAGAAAUCGCCAAUAUUUUUAAAAUGGUUGAGCAUCAUGACAACUGUGAGAAUAAAGAAGAUGACAACCCAAAGAAGAAAAGGCAAAAAACCUUAAAGCGCAAGUUUGGCAGGGCAGGAAGAUGUAGGACGCACUCACAAAUGAAAACCCAAACACUACAUUUGCCAUCUGAGGAACAGAAAUCAAAACGAAUCAAGCAAAGUAUAGAACAGUCUUCUAAAACAUCUGAGUCAGUUCGACAAGUUACAAAUGACGAAAUGAUUGGAUUGACUGCAAGUCUACUGACACUGAAUAUGAAUGUUGAAAACCUUAAGCAGAACAUGAUAGAUAUAAAAGAGGCCAUGACAGCGACUCAAGCAAUUACAAGAAUGCAUAAUGACAAUCAAAUUACAGUUCUAACGCAGCGUUUAAUAGAAACUUCCGAAGAACAGUCGUUGGUGAAACAGCAAGUGUCGGAACAAAACCAGACAUUAAAAUACCUAAGCGAAACCGUCGCAAGUUUAGGCAAACACAUAAUGCAUGAUUCCACUUCUUUCACAGAUCAAUCGACCAACACCUGAAUAUACAAAAAUAAAUUUGCAAAAAUAUAAACAUGUGAGAUUUAGCAAAGCAUUAAAGACGUAUUCGGGAGAUGCCAAUGCGUAUAUCUUUUGCGCAAUUCGCUUUCAUGUUACGAACAGCUAUUUUAUUGUUAAUGUUAAUAAUUUAGCAGAACACAUUUAAUUGAUUACUUCAUCAAUAAAUAUCAUUACUCGAAAUGGUUUUGAUGAUUUAAAUAAAUUGUUUAUGGAGACAUUAUCAGAUGGGAAGUGUAAAAACCUCACAUGGACAGAAUGUGUACUAAAAUACCAAAAGUUUAAACUUUUAGAAGGGAGGUAAUUAAAUGUUAUAUAUCUCGGAAACAAGCAAUGCAACCUAAAGAUUUUUUUAACAUUUUCUAUAUUAUGUAUUUUGAUCUAUAUAAUUUAUACAAAAAUGUGCACUUCUCCACGUUAGGAUUUCUUAUUUUUGAAAACAUUUAAAUUUUAUCUGGAAUAACUGAUAGAGUUAUAGUUAUUUCAGAUUUUACACAUGGACCAAGUGCGGCUGAAAUUAAACUUUUUAAUAAAUAACAUACCGGUAUUAUCAAAUAUCUUGGAACAUUAUUACUAGGCUUUUCUAUUACUAGUAUCAAGUAUAAUGUACAGUUUUAUGAUUUUUGGUAACUUAUAUUUUUUCGCCUAUUUAUAUCUAAAUGCUCAAUAAUGGUGUUCUAAAAAUAAUCAAAGUACAAGAAAACAUCUUUCUUUAAAGAUAUUAAUGCGAGAGGGGCAGCAAAUUAAAAAAGUAAAAAGGUGAACUGAAAGUGAAAGUUAAAAGGUACGAAGAAUUAGUGUACAGUCAAAAGACGUUUUGACGUGAAGAUUCGUUGGAAUCCUCUUAAUACUGCGGAGGAUUCCAGGGCAGUUUGCAGUGUGUCCAAUCAUGGUAAACGCGUCAUGCGAAUUUACUUUACACUUUAUAGUGAUAAUGUACAUGAAUUUUCUUUUGAAACCAUUUAAAAAGGUGGCCGUUAAAAGUGGAUGAAAGUUUCCACAAUAUGUGCAUGUCGAUGCAUAUCAAGUUUGAUUUUAUCAAAUAGAAACUGUAAGAGGCGUUGUACACACAAGGUACAGACUAGUUUUAAUAUGGUUAAAUCUAAAUAAGGGUUGUAACUAAAAAUUGUUAGACAUUAGAGUCCCGAUAGUAUGCGCAUGUUCAGUUCAUGUUAAAGAUGCAUACAAAGUUUGAUUUGAAUUAAAUGAAAUCUGAAAGAG